AUGGAAGUCAAAAGCUACAAGGAACGAAUGCAGGAGAAUAUCCUCAGAAAGGAAGACCAGAGAGUGACGCAGUUAGUGGAGAAGAAGAAGAAGCUGGAGUUAGCUGAGACUGAGCCACCAAGAAAGAAGCUACGCAAUGGAGAAGAUCCAUAUAUUGGGAACAAAGAAAGCACUCACAACGAAAGUGGCAACAACAGCGAGCAAGAAGACAAGGAGAGGGACAACGACGUACUGAAAGGGAAUGAGACAGAGAAGUCUAUGCUACCGACAACUGAAAAGGAGGAUCGGAACACAAUGGCCAACGUGCCAGUAAUUGGAGGCAUACCUCUCACAGAUGACUUUCUAGACAAAAUAUUUCCAAAGGGUUUCGUCAAGGCUCCAGUUCCCGAGGGAUACACCCAGAAAACGUCCGAGGCUUCUCAAGUGGACUUGUACGUGAUGCCUGAUAGUCGAGGCAUGGAAGCACAUCUUAUCAAUGAUACACUUCCAGAGUAUGAGGGCAUAACGAUGAGAAAAGAGGAUGUUAAGCACUUCUCCAUGCUUGUGAGUAUAAAAGUCGAAGCACUCACUGAUGCAGACGAGAAAAAACGCUUUCAGGCACUGGACCUAAUAUUCAGGGCAAAGAACGGUCCUCCUAACAUUAGGAAAAAAGCCAUGCGGAGUCUAAACUCCAACGCCAAAAGAUUGGGCCCAGCUCCACUCAUUGGCAUUAUCUUGCCAUUAAUGCUUGAACCUGCUCUUGAUGAGGCUGAUAGACACAUCCUAACAAAACUAUUGGGAAGAUUGGUCUACCAGCUUGACGAGGAAAUCAGACCAUACACCCACAAGAUUAUAUCUGCGGUGUCUCCUCUGCUUAUUGACGAGGAUAUGACAUUGAGAUUGGAGUCGCGCGAUGUGAUCUCUACUACAGCUAGAAGUGCUGGUCUAGCCAACAUCGUUUCCAGUUUGCGUCCUGACCUCGACCACUCCGACGAGUAUGUCAGAAACCUCACGGCACGAGUGUUUGCAAUUGUUGCAAUGACUUUGGGAUUGACAAAGGUUUUACCGUUUGUGAAGGCUGUAAUCCGCUCCAAAAAGAGUUGGCAGGCCCGUCAUACUGGUAUCAGAAUUGUGCACCAUUUAUGUAUUCAGCUUGGAGGUGGAAACGGUGCACUGAUACUACCAUAUCUCCCACAAAUGGUAGAUGUGUUGAAACCAGGACUUUCGGACGAAUUGAUUCAGGUCAGAACUGCUACGGCGAACACAUUGGCUCAGAUGGCGGACAGUGUGCACCCGUACGGAAUUGAAGCAUUCGAGCCAAUUUUGGAGCCAUCAUGGGCUGGUCUCAAACAUCACAGAGGACGUGCACUUGCUGCAUUUUUGCGUUGUGUUGGUUCCAUGGUUCCAUUGAUGGAUCACGACUCGUCUUAUGUGGAAUAUUCCAACUAUUACACAAGGGAACUAAUGAAUGUUAUGACGAGAGAAUUUUCGAGUCCUGACGACGAGAUGCGAAAAUCAUUAUUGCGUGUGAUGGCCCGUCUUCCGCUAUCAAGAGCCAUUUUUCCCAAUUAUCGUCGUCAGGUCAUUUCUCCGUUCAUUCUGAGUUUUUGGACCCGUCGAGUGGCACUGGACUCUGUGCAACUUGGUCGUUUGGUUGUGGAAGCAACUGGUCAGUUGGCUCUGAGAUUUAAUGUGCCAUUUGUUCUUGAACAAUUGACUCCAUUUGCAAAAGAUGCCAACGAAAAUCUAAGAAGGAUGGCUGCAGAUGCUAUCCAUAAAAUUGUUGCAGCUAACCCCAAAUCUGUCAUUGAAUUCGAAACUAAGUUUGAUGCUGUUCUUGUGGAUGCCGUUCUUUAUGCCUUGCAGGAACAGACCGAACCUCAUCCAGUCUACUUGCUUGCAAUUUCUACUGUCUGUAAAGCGCUCGGGCUUCGCUUAGAACCACACGUUUCUGUGAUUCUCAGCACCGUCCUUUAUCGACUCAAGAACAAUGAGCCUUCUGUCCGCCAACAGUCUGCAGACUUAGUCUCUGGUGUUGCUCUGGUUCUUAGUGAAUGUGCUCAUGGUGAUACUUCUGUUAUGCGCAAACUUAUCUUGUUCUUGUAUGAGCUGUUAGGCGAAGCAUAUCCCGAAGUUCUUGGUUCUAUUGUCGGUGCAUUAUAUGCUUGUAUCGAGACACUUGACAGAAAUGAGCUUUUAAUGUUGGAUAACCCCUCCGUGAAUAUGCUUCUUCCGACUCUUACCCCAAUCUUGAAGAAUAGACACGAGAAAGUCCAAGAGCAGUGCAUCCGUCUAGUAGGACUAAUAGCAAAGAGAAACGCAGAGACUAUCAAUGCAAAAGAAUGGAUGAGAGUUUGUUUCGAUCUUCUUGACAUGCUCAAAUCUCAGAGGAAGAGAAUUCGAAUUGCUGCAAAUGCAACUUUUGGACAUAUAGCCAAUACCAUUGGUCCCCAAGAUGUUUUGGCUAUGCUUCUUAAUAACUUGAGAGUACAAGAACGUCAAAUGCGUGUUUGUACAGCAGUUGCAAUUGGAAUUGUGGCCGACACUUGCUCCCCAUUCACUGUGCUUCCUGCUCUCAUGAAUGAGUACCGUGUUCCAGACAAGAAUGUCCAGAAUAGUGUGUUGAAAGCAAUGAGCUUUAUGUUUGAAUAUCUUGAUGGCUCAACUACUAAAGAUUACUUGUUUGCAGUGACCCCAUUACUUGAGGACGCCUUGACCGAUAGAGAUCAAGUUCACAGACAAACAGCAUCCACGGUCGUACGCCACCUUGCACUCAAUUGUGCUGGAAUGGCCCAUGAUGACUACCAGCAGGUAUUUAUCCAUUUUUUGAAUCUUGUUUUGCCUAACAUCUAUGAGUCGUCGCCCCAUGUGAUUAUUCGUAUGAUAGAAUGUUUGGAUGCCUUACGUAUCGUUGUGGGUCCAGGAAUUUUUCUCAACUAUGUAUGGGCUGGACUUUUUCAGGCCGCAAGAAAAGUCAGAUCCCCAUACUGGAAGAUCUACAAUGCUGCCUACGUUCAGAAUUGUGAUGCCAUUGUUCCGUACUAUCCUCGCCUAGAUACUUUGCCCCACGAUCAAGGACAGUCUUACAAUGUGGAUGAGCUUGAUGUUUGGCUCUAA